UUUUUUUUUUUUGUUUUUUGUUUUUUUGUUUUCAGCUUUUGAUAUAUAAAGUAGAGUGGGCGUUAUAUUUUUUUUUUGUUUUAUUUUAAUUUUUUUUUUCUAUAAAUAUUAUUUUACUUUUUUAUUAUGAGCAAAGAUAAUAAAAAAGAUGACUUAGAUCUUCAAGUAAAGACAGAAUUUGAAAUUCAAGUUGAUUCGGUUGAAUCCAACUAUAAUAAAAACACAGCACCUUCUUCUUUACGUCAUGUAGCUGAAGGUAUUCCCUUAGCUGCUUGGUUUAUUCUGAUUAAUGAAUUUUGUGAAAGGUGAGACAAUCGAGUUUCUUUCCAUUUUAAUACAAUGGAAUUCUCACGGAUAUUCAUAUAUUAUAAUAGAUUUGCAUAUUACGGUGGAUCAACGCCUUUUCAAAAUUAUGUCCAAAAUGGGCCAAUGGAUGAUCCAGCAGGUGCACUUAAUCGUGGUCAAUCUACUGCAACUGCACUACAGAAUUUCUUUACCUUUUUUUGUUAUUUUACUCCUAUGUUAGGUGCUAUCGUUGCCGACCAAUAUAUAGGUCGUUAUUGGACAAUUAUUAUAUUUUCUAUCGUUUAUAUGAUUGGUUGGUUAAUUUUAACCACCACUUCAAUCCCUUCCGCCCUUGCUCAUGGAGCUGGUUUCCCUGGUUACGUAGUUUCACUUGUUGUAAUUGGAUUUGGUACUGGCGGUAUUAAGGGUAUUGUAUCCCCUCUUUGCGCAGACCAAUAUAGAAAGACAGAAAAUUAUACAAAAGAGCUUAAAUCAGGCGAAACGGUGAUAGUCGAUUAUGAUCUAAGUGUUCAACAUUUAUAUAAUUGGUUCUAUUGGGCAAUCAAUGUGGGUUCACUUUUAGGUGGUGUUAUUUGUCCACUUCUGGAAUUACAUGUCGGAUUUUAUGCUGCUUUCUUAUUACCAACAUGUAUGUUCUUUAUUGCUAUUAUCGUAUUUGUCGCAGGAUCCAAAUUAUAUUAUAAACCUGGACCUACUGAUUCUGUUAUUGUGAAGGCAUGGGGUGUAAUUAAAUUCGCUAAUAAGCAAGCAAGGUUACCUGAAAAUAAAGAAGCUCGAAAGCAGUCUAAGGACGUGAUGGAUUUUGCUAAACGUGAUUCUGGUAUUCCAGGUGUUAGCUCAUGGAGUUCAGAUGAUUAUGCGAUAGCCAAAUGGGAUGAUAACUUUGUAGAUGAAUUAAAACAAGCUAUCAUGGCUUGUAAAAUCUUUAUUCCUCUUUCUAUUUAUUGGGUUUGUUAUAAUCAACUUUCAAACAACUUAUUAUCACAAGCUGGUGUCAUGUAUCGUCCUCCUGGUCUUCCUAACGAUAUUAUGAAUAAUUUUGAUCCAAUUGCUUUAAUUAUCUUUAUUCCAAUUACUGAUGGUUUCUUCUAUCCUUUGUUGCGUCGAUAUAAAAUCAACUUUGCUUCUCAAAGGCGUAUCACUGUUGGUUUCUUCCUUGGUUCCCUAGCUAUGGUCUAUGCUGCUGUUGUACAAUAUUAUAUCUAUAAGGAUCCCUUAUUUACUGCUUCAGGAGGUGAAAUGUCUAAUAUUUCCGUUUUCUUGCAGAUUCCUUGUUAUUUCUUAAUCGCCUUUUCUGAAAUUUUCGCUUCUAUUACCUCCAUGGAGUAUGCUUAUACUCAUGCACCCAAGUCCAUGAAAUCACUUGUCUCUGCUCUUUCUUUGUGGCCAAAUUGUGUUGCCGCUUUAAUUUCUUUAGCUAUCUCUCCCUCUUCACAUGAUCCCAACAUGGUUUGGGUCUAUACCGGUGUAGCAGUAGCUGCAUUUGUCUUUGGCUGCAUUUAUUAUUAUUGCUUCAGGCAUUAUGACCAGAUGGAUGAAGAUUUCCGUGUUAAAAAGAUGCUUGAUCAAGACAUCAGCUAUCAAGUAGAAGAGAAGUUUGAACCCCAUAUUGAAGCUGAAGCUAUUGAAAAACAAGUUCAUUAAAAACAUAACACAGAGAAAAAAAAAAGAAAAAAGAAUUAGAUAGAUUUUAAACACAUAAUAUAUGCAUAUACAUAUAUAUAUAUAUACAUAUAUAUAUAACCUAUUGUAAACUAUACAUUUAUAUAAAAUGAUUUAUUUUUAAUAAUAUCGUCAAGCUUGAU